AUGCCAAGCGUGCAGGACUGGGAAGAUCAGUUCGGGGUUCGAGGUGCAAUAUCGCGACGCGCCAGAGGCAUGCUUCAUACACAGCGGAAGCAAGUCCCAUCCGCCCAGAUAGUGAAGCCAGUACCUCUUCCGACGACGCCCUCACUAAGUGACUUAGUCCUGACCAUCAUUGACAACUACGUGCCCGAGGCCGAUACCUUCCCACCCGAGAGCAGCGUCGAACCAUCUCCCAGGAUCUGCGGAUCGUGGGUAGAGAUACUUCCAGACAUUAUUGGCAGCGGCAGGGACGAGGCUCUAGCCUCAGCCAUAAGAGCCUUUGCAAUAUCCAUCUUGAGCAGAGGCCCAAAGCGGAGUUUCGCAAUAUCGGAGGGCCUCGAAGCAUACAACCAUGCCCUCAUUUCGGUCAAUCAUGCGCUCCGGUCUCCGUACAGCGAUUUCCCGGUUGCGAUUGCGGCGGCCGUAAUGUGCUUGCUCCUAGCGGAGUUCUUUCACGCGACCUCCCUAGGGAGUUGGGCCGCUCAUCUCCAGGGUCUCGCCGACCUGAUGCAGCUAUCCCGGCCCGAGUUUUAUGGAUCUGGAAUUCCCCACAGACUCUUUGUGGGGGCAAGGCCAGUGUUGAUGGUGCUAGCGUUCUCCUCAAAAAAGUCGUCAUUCCUUGCAAGAGAGGACUGGAAAUCCAUACCGUUUCGAGAAACGCCCCCUUCUCCAGUACAGUCGCUGAUGAGCGAGGCAGCCGCCAUACCAUCGAUCCUCGAACGAAUAGAUGCAGAGGGCGACGGUGCUGCCGAGGAAACAUUACCGGCCUUCGAGGCUGCUCUGGACCGAUUGGACGCCUGGGCCGAUGGUUUCUGCUCUUCGGCACCGGAAUCUUCCCCUAUGUUCUGGAUCCGGCCAUCAGAGGAUGCUGAAAGAUCGAGCAUAUGGUUCCGAAACAUCACCGUGGCGAAUGCCUUGACGCACUUCUGGGCCUUUAAGGUUAUUUGCCUGAGGAACAUUGACGAGCUUCGAACUUCCCGCGCCCACCCCAACUCUAACCAAGGAACCGAGAUGGCAUACUUCGAGGAAGUUAAGCGACUGUCAGUCAUGAUUUGCCAAAGCAUCGAGUAUUUGAUGCAGGACCGGAUGAAGCUAUUUGGUCCACAAUCCGUGCCAAUGCCCCUCCACACAGCGCACGAGGCCUUCGAAGCAGGGGUGGAUCGGAGCAGGGACGAACUGAGUUGGUGUAGGGAAAUUUUGAAAGACCUCAAAAACCGCGGCUAUGCGUUCAUGUAG